UCUGCUUCUGUCCCCGUGAACAGCUGUUUCACAGACGGACGGCUUCAGGGACACAGUGGAUUCCACAGCCUCAGGUUUACUGAGUUUCAUGAAGUCGGAGUUGUCGCUGAUCAACAUCUUCCUGAGGACACUUCCGCUGUGGGCGGAGCCUCUUUGGAAACGCUUCGUUCUCCAGCGGAAUAAAAGAGAGAAACACCAGAAGAGACGAGACGCGCACAAGAAGCAGUGUGAACUGGCCCAACACUGCAAACAGCUACUGGACACCAGUCAGCAUUGAAAGGCAGAAGUAGUGGAACUGGAUCAUCACACUGCUGUGACCAAUCCUGCAUGAGACUGAGCCUCACGUUGAUCUCACUGACAAACUCCAGGAAACAUCAUGACCACCGCCGACAAGCUGCUGGAGCAGAUGUUCUCCUGGAUCGACCAGAGGAGUCGCUGUGCGGACCAACUGGUCAAACUGGCCAAGGAGCUCGAGUCCCUCAGGACGAAAUGCAAUGGCGCUGAAUGUGUGGGCAGCUCGGUGGCUGUGGUGGGGGCUGCGUGUGUGAUCGGCGCCGGCCUCACCUUCCUCUCCGGCGGAGCAGCUGCUCCAUUUUUAGGUUUGUUGGGAGGAACAUAUUUAGGAGCAGGUGCCGUCAUCUCUGUGGCCACUCAACUCAUCGAGGGCUUCCUGUCCAGCAGCACCAUGAAAGACGCAAAGAAAAUCGAAGAGAAAAGCAACGAAUCAGCAAAAAACAUUCAGCGACUGUUCGAGAAACUAAAGUCGGAGAAGAAGGAGGCGAACAGAUUCGCCGACCCGGACGAUUUGGACAGACACAUCCUGACUAACAUCCUGAGAGCUGUGGCAAGACGAAGUGGAGUGAGGAUGAAGAUCAACUUCAGAAUGAUCGGUGACGAGCCGAAUUGGUCUUUUGGUGGAGGACAUUAUUCAAGCCUCAGUCCCGGCCUUGGCCUCAACGUCCCUAUUCUGGUGACCAUCACUGGAGUUUUAGGGUUUUUCACGCUCAGCGCAAGUGGGAAGAAAUGUAACUUUCUAUUUGCUAAAGGAGCUCAGCAGCUGAUCAAGGAGAUAUCUGUGACUGGACUGAAAACAGUGCUCAAAGGAGGCAGCAUGCUUGUGGGAGGAGCUAUUGGAAUGGCGUUUGCGCUUCCCGAGGCGAUCGACAACUGGACAGAUCUGAUCAAGAACAACAACGUGACUGAAGCUAGCCAAUCCCUGCGAGACACAGCCAAAGCCAUCCAAAAGAUCACGCAGGCCCUGAAGGAUCAGUUUAAAGAUAUGAAGCGGAUGCUCGAGAAGAUGGAAGAAGAACAGCGCAAGCAGGAGAAAGUUAAGCGCAUCAUUGAAAACCCAGAGAGAAGCUAUGAAGACGAGAGAGUAUUAAUAAGGUAUGCCAUGAAAACAUGCCAGAACGAAGAGGUGCGACGAUGGCUGAGAGAGAAUUCAGGGUGUUUCCUCAAACUUGUGGCUUUGUUUCAAUUAAUGAAAAAUGAAAUCAUCAAGAAGUCAAACGAGGACGAGUCUGAUGACGAAGACGAAGACGAAGACAGUGAAGUGGACAUCAUCUUUGUGGCUCACGGAUCGAUCACAGACUCCAUGAUUCCAGCUUCCUGUCUGAUGCCUCUGUCCAACAUCAAAGACGUGCUCCUGUAUUCCCCCUGGAACUGUCUCCUCGCUGCUGAUGCAGCGUACGGCAUCGCUACAGGACUCAUACAACCUCGGCACAGACAGUUUAUCUGUGUUCCAGAAAGUGGCUGUAAAAUUCCUGAUAAAGGACACCGGCCCAGGAAACUGCCAGCUGGCUGGAACUCAAUGAAGGAAGCAGGACUGAUUCCCAACAUCAUGGUCAGUACUCUCAACGUUCCAGAUGAUGGUGCAUGGACGUGUUUGGUCGAUCUCACAGAAACAUAUGGUAGACCAGGGAGAGGCCGCAUCGUCAUCCCGUUCAUCCUUGGUGGUCUGGAAGCAACAAUCCCGUUCUACAUCGUCACCUGGGUCAUGUCUCUGGUGCUGUCUUUCUUCCGGAUCGAAGCCACCGUCCAUCUCGCCGCCUGUCUUGGUGAUGAAUCUACAAGGCAGAAGUUUCCCAGAGAGUUCUUGGAGUGUCAGUACUCCUACACUAUUGACGACACCGGGAUGACAUCAAGGGCCAUGUUGUCCAUCACCCACCGUGCCCUGUACAGGAACUUACAGGCCAUGUUCGAUUAGAUGGACAAAACGUAAACAUUUUCUGGAGAGGACAAGUUCUGUUCCAGCGAAAGAUUUGUCCAUGCCUCAAGCUGAACUGAUUUCCCACCUCGAUGCAUCUCCGUGUGUUUCAACACGUUGGUAUCAACAAACAAUCCAAUUUUCAUCUGAGAGAUGAUUUCCAGUGCCCGGAAUCGUUAAAACUUCUAUAAAGACGAGCUGCUGCUGGAGUCACUGAGCAGCCAGAGAACCCCCACCUCCGUUUUCUCCACUGAUCAGAUUCACAGUCGAUUGAUUCUUUUACCCCCUCGACACAGAUGAGUUAUGAACAUUCAAAAUCAUAUUUACUGUGAUCUACCCCUGAUGUAGUGCGGCUGUGGCUGAGGGGGAAGAGUGGUCGUCCUCCAACCAGAUGGUCGGCUGUUUGGAUAAAAUGUAAUAUAAUGAUGUGGAGGAGUCGGGACGUAUCCGACAUGGUCGCACCUGUAAUGGAAAAUUAUAUAAUCAUACUAUACUAUGUAUUAUACAUGCUUAUGUAACCACACUAUUAUCUGUGCUUAUGCAUAUCACGUGUGAGGAGAUGGCCGCACCACAUGUGACCUGACAAGAUGUCUGUUGGUGACUCACUAGGUGAAAUCCAGACAUCGGAGCCACUCAUCACUUUGCUGUCUCCUCCAAUCUUAUCUUCUGGGGGUGUACUCCGCAUUUUCACACACACACAAUUCGGCUUAUAAGCAAACACAUCACCUCUUUUUGUAUGAAAGAGUACGCCCGACAAUGUUUCUUGGUCUUACCCAUCUUCACGUCUGCAUGCUGUAAGAUCGGUUAAGAAUAAACAUGCACUUAAAAGACAAUUAGGUUCUUUAUUUCAGAAAAUGAUUUCCUCCACACACCUGAGCAGCAGGUCCCUGGUUCAAUUCCCGACUGGACGGACCGGCGUUUCGAUUCUCUAACCUCAGUCACAUAAACACAACAGCCAAUCCUAGGAUCCCUUCCACCAACCAACUCUGUGUCCCUGUGACCUUUGACCACUGACACUCAUCAGUUCAUCUGAGUCUAAAUGUACAUUUGGACCAAAUUUGAAAGGAUUUUCUUCAGUUGGUCUGAAGAUCUCCUGCCAAAAAAAGAAUAAUGGAAAAAAGCCCCCAAAAAAUACCUGUAUGUACACGUACAAUGUAAUCUGAUUACUUUCUGGCACGCAGACCGUGGUGUACGUUUGUUUGAAGCUGAACUGGUCCAACCUCUGAAGGAGCUGAACAUUAUCAGACACCUGCACGAUGAAGAGAUGAGGAAGACGUGCUCGUCACCUAUUUACGUGUCACACGGACUCAAUCACCUCUGGCACAGAAACUCAAAAGCAGAAUGGAAACACUGUUCAUACCCUGAUCCAUCAAUAAUCACUUUUAUAUUGUAAUACAGUUUAAUAUUAAUCAAUUAUGAAAUCUGUCAUGACAUUGAUACCACAUGAUGAUUACUCUGCUAAUAUUAGUUAGCUGUAGAUUCCGUCUCUAAUCUUAUUGGUUGUACACGUUAAGCAUUACUACAUGAUGACGACACGAUGAGGUCACGAUAAGGUCAUGAUGAGGUCAUUCCUACCAUAUUACCACAAAUUGACGUCUUCUUACACCAAACAUUUAUGUUCUGAUUAAAUGCGUUUGAGUCAUGUUGGCGUUUGAACCCAUGAGAUGUUUCCUGUUCUCAGCUGCUGUGAUUAAAAGAAUAAAGUCUUUGUUUUUUAAAGCUGAAA